AUGUUGAAAAACACGGGAAAGUUGGCUGGACAAACUAUUUUCAUUACUGGUGCUAGUCGCGGUAUUGGUAAAGCUUUGGCUUUAAAAGCAGCGCAGGAUGGAGCCAAUAUUGUGAUAGCAGCCAAAACGGCUCAGCCUCAUCCAAAAUUACCAGGAACAAUAUAUACGGCAGCCAAAGAAAUAGAAGAUGCCGGAGGAAAGGCUCUCCCUUGUGUUGUGGAUGUUCGAGAUGAGAAUCAGGUUACUUCUGCGGUAGAGAAUGCUGUGAAAAAAUUUGGUGGGAUUGACAUUCUUAUCAACAAUGCUAGUGCGGUCUCUCUAACUUCUACUUUGGAUACAGAUAUGAAAAGAUAUGAUCUCAUGCAGAGUAUUAAUACUAGAGGUACCUUUCUGGUAUCUAAAACAUGUAUACCAUUUUUAAAGAAAUCGAAGAAUCCACAUAUUUUGAAUAUGAGUCCUCCAUUGAAUAUGAAACCAUUGUGGUUUAGUAGUCAUUGUGCCUAUACAAUUGCCAAGUAUGGCAUGUCAAUGUGUGUGUUAGGAAUGGCAGCAGAGUUUAAGGAAGAUGGUAUCGCAGUUAAUGCAUUAUGGCCUAGAACUGCAAUUGAUACUGCUGCAAUGAGUAUGUUGGCAGGCCGUGAUGCAGGAAGUCGCUUUCGAAAACCUGAUAUCGUGGCAGAUGCAGCUUAUGCAAUUCUCACAAAGGAAUCGAGAAGUAUAACUGGACAGUUUCUUAUAGACGAUGAAGUAUUGAAAGCUGAAGGUAUUACUGACUUUACACAGUAUGCGGUUGAUCCUGCAAAUGCCAAUAAUCUUUUUCCGGAUGCUUUUGUGGAUGGAUUAGAAGAGAAUGCAUUUGCUAAACUCAGAGAUGCUGCAGCAAGUGCUCAAAGUGGGAAUAUUGCAAAGUUGUUUAGUGUCAUUCAAGCAAAUUUAAGUGAGAGUUUGGUUUCUAAAACUAAUGCAGUAUUUCUCUUUAAUGUAAAAGGUGGAUCUGAAGAAGGUCCAUGGUUCAUUGACUUGAAAAAUGGUUCUGGGUCUUCAGGUCGAGGGAAACCAUCUGUAAAUCCUGAUGUAACCCUUGAAAUGGAAUCAAAAUUGUUUUUUGAAAUGUUCUCUGGAAAGUUAAAGCCAGCAUCUGCAUUCAUGACUGGCAAACUGAAAAUCAAAGGUGAUUUGACAAAAGCUUUGAAACUGGAAAAACUCAUGGGUAAUCUUAAAUCAAAGGUCUGA